ACUCUGUAAACAGCUGUCAAAUAUCCAUAAUUGUUUACAUACUUGCUCCGUCAAUUUCAUCCAUUGAAUUAAAUUUUAUCAGAGUCCUUUGCAGACAAAAAAUAGUGAAAUGGAAAAUACAGAAGCUGUGGAACCUUCGGCUGGCUUAGCUGAUAAAAUUGCUACGAAAAACGCCAGUACUAAUUCCCUGGAUACUGCCGAUUCAAAAUCUAGUUCAAUUGGUUCGAAACACGGCGUUGACUUAGGUGCAGUACGUGACACGCCCUUUGUUUAUCUCGAUGGUGAGGAAGACCAGGACCAGAAAAAUGAUGUCACUUACGUAUGUCCAUUUCGAGGACCGGCCUUCGGCGCUUUAACUAUAACCAAUUAUCGACUUUACUUCCGUUCAUUACCAUUACGUGAUCACGAACCGCCCGUUGUUGUCGAUGUGCCAUUGGGAGUUAUUGCUCGCGUUGAAAAAAUCGGCGGUGCAACUUCUCGCGGGGAAAACUCUUAUGGCAUCGAAAUAUUCUGCAAAGAUAUGCGCAACCUGCGUUUUGCACACAAACAACAAAACCAUUCUCGACGAACUGUUUUUGAAAAGUUACAAUCAUAUGCCUUUCCGCUCUCUUUUAGUGGACGCCUUUUUGCAUUCGCCCAUGCAGCAGCAAGCGGACCGCCUCCCCCUGCCACCGAAAAUGGUUGGGCUGUGUAUGAACCAUUAGCUGAACUGCGCCGACUGGGAGUUCCAAAUGAUAUGUGGCGCAUAACUAAGUUAAAUGAAGCUUAUAGUGUUUGCGAUAGCUAUCCGGCAGUUUGGGCUGUCCCAAAAGCAGCCUCUGAUGAGUUUUUGCGACGUGUUGCACAAUUUCGAUCUCGUUGCCGUUUACCUGUACUUUCUUGGAUACAUCCACGCUCACAAGCGACUAUAACAAGAUGUUCACAACCACUAGUUGGAGUGGGGGGCAAGCGAAGCGCAGAUGACGAACUCUACCUUGGUUAUAUAAUGGAGGCAAAUGUGCAGUCAGAUAAAUUGGCGAUAAUAGAUGCACGUCCUAGUGCCAACGCUAUAGCCAACAAAGCUAAAGGAGGUGGGUACGAGUCCGAAGAAGCGUAUAAAAACGUGGAAAUACACUUUCUCGACAUUCACAACAUUCAUGUUAUGCGCGAAAGUUUGCGUAAAGUGAAAGAGGCAUGCUAUCCGACAAUCGAUGAUUCAAAAUGGCUUUCAGCAAUUGACGGCACAUUGUGGUUAAAGCAUAUUAAGUGUAUAUUGGCAGGCGCCGUACGAAUUAUAGAUAAAGUAGAGACAAUGAGCACCUCUGUAGUUGUGCAUUGCUCAGAUGGUUGGGACAGAACUGCACAACUGACUGCAUUAUCUAUGUUACUGCUAGAUCCAUACUACCGCACAUUACGUGGAUUUGAGGUCCUAAUUGAAAAGGAGUGGCUGUCUUUCGGACAUAAAUUCCAACAACGAAUUGGUCAUGGCGAUAAUCGACACUCUGAUGCGGAUCGUUCUCCGGUUUUCUUACAAUUCAUCGAUUGUGUAUGGCAAGUUAGCCAAGAGUUUCCUAACGCAUUCGAAUUUAAUGAACAUUUUUUAAUAACGAUAAUAGACCAUUUAUAUUCCUGUCGUUUCGGAACUUUCUUAUGCAACACGGAGGCUGAGCGGGUUGUAGAAGAUCUUAAACAUAAGACUGUUUCACUUUGGACAUACAUUAACAGCUCGUUGAACCAGUAUCUUAAUCCGUUGGCUUUCUCACAUGGAGCUCAAACAGUUUUGAGGCCCAUAGCGAGCAUGCGAUAUGUGAAAUUAUGGAAAGGCCUAUAUUGUCGGUGGAAUCCUAGCAUACGUCCACAGAAUCGUAUAUACCAUCGUACACGUGAAUUACUGGCACUACAGGACCAGCUAAUAAAGCAGGUUAGCGACUUACGCAUGAAGACGAAUUCACGCCAAUCGGCACAAACGUCGACUCGGCUAGCAUCGCCAAUGCAUUAAAGCUUUGAAAUCCUCUUUAUUUAACAGCAAAAGUAUUCGUGUUAUACAAUGUAUAUAAAGUGUAAUAUGUAUACCCAUAUCUUUUAUAUACAUACGCACGUUAUGAUAAUAUUAAAAUUUUAUAUGAAU